AUGAUCAACACGACCUCACUGAACCCCGUGGAUCGAUGGCUCCGAGAGAAAGUCACCAAGUUCAUGAGCCACCGUGUCUCAGACAAGAACAAGGAGCUCUGGGUGGAGAGCUUGACUAAAGUGUUGCUAGGUCUCAGUGAUCAGCAAUUAGUCACCUGCUUAGCGGUUUUCGUCGUCGCAAUCGUGAAGAUGGUCAUCGGAAGCAUCACGGCGGGAGUCUUUUGGGAUGAGUAUCUUGCUAGGAUGGGCAAGCUGAAGGAGUACGACGAAGAACAUGACGGCUAUGAGAACAGCUCGAGAUGGUCCUCGGACCUGGGGCCUUACAGGGCGAGCCAAUGA